CCACAAUGAUCUGGGGAACUGAUAACAAAAGACCCCCCGAAGUUCAGCGGUCUAUCAUUUCUCACCUUUCACCACUCGAUAUCGUGAACUACGGAACUCUCAACAAGGAAACCCACGCUAUCGUCAACGACUUCCAACGUGCCGCAUUCAAAGUGGAAAACGUUUUACGGCCAUUCUUUUCUGUAGAUGAAAUACGAAGGUUCCGUCAAGUUCAAUAUGCGUACAAGUUUUUGAUCUCGGGGUCGACAGCUUUAUCCUUUUUCACGCGGGAAGUCUACGACAACGCGGACCUAGACGUUUACAUCACUCCCAAAUCUCUCAUGGUCCUGAUCUUACUCUUAGAGUCUAUGGGUUACGCCUUUUGCCCGAUCAUAAAUCCUUCCAGAACUCAAGCGGGCCAAGUAGAGAAUGCUGUAGAGGAGUUGCUCGUUAGGAUACGUGAAGGGACUCAACGUGAACGACAGGUAAUCGGUCGUGGUACAGAGGACUGGUCGCUCGAAUAUUCCUUCGCGAAAGAACUUGUCGACGUUUUCAACUUUGAGAGGAAUGGGAGAAGGAUCCAGGUCAUAGCAGCGCUUUCUCCGCUAGCCGUAGUCUUGACAUUUCAUUCCACCGUCGUCAUGAACAUCAUAAGCCACUCCCACGCCAUCUCUUUCUACCCUCGACUCACAUUCCACGACCGAAUCGCCGUCCGUAAUUUCUUGAGCAGAGAAUGUCCAGAAGAUACUAUCACGAAAUAUCAAACACGAGGAUACACAUUCCAUUACCAAGUCGACGCAGCGACCGCAUUCGCAGGCCGGUACUCUUCGUUGGAGACCCACGUCGUGCGUCGUCCUGCUGACGUCUACUGUUGGACUGUCCCACUUGGGCCCAUUCCAGGCGUGAAGGGGUUGGAUUUUAAACCGGAACUGCUUCUUCAGGAGUCGUGGCAGAUCAAGUAUGACACAAACAGACACUUCGUACUCGUUGUCGACUUCGAUGUCAUACUGAACCGCUUUGAGGAUCCGAGAACCACAGGAUAUUGUUUCGCUGACAGGGUGGUUCGACAUAUUCCAGAUUGGUGGGUAGAUGAUGAGGAUUUGAACAUAGAUAGCUGGCCCAGGAACUUACUUCGUCAACUUACUUUUGCCAACUCGAGAGCCGAAGAAGAUGAGAUGUCAACAGAAGACUUCGUUACCAUCGAAUUCAAGAAGGCAAUGGCUACCAUCAGCGCUCCGCGGGAGAAGUUCCCGUACAUCAGUCAUGUGCAACAAAUCCCCUGGCUUCUCAGAUGGCUUAACGAAAGAAUCGUCCUUCGAGACUCCGUGAAGGUUACCUUUCACUUCGAACAAAGCGGGGAGAACGGAGAUGUAUACCUCAAAAUCAAGCUAACAGUUCCAGACGACACGGCCUUCAUGUCCCGAUUUUGUACAGCCAUUUCUGUGAAGCCUCAAGUCCGGAAAUGCCUGAAAGCGAUGGCUAGUGGCCGGAUAUCCGUAGAGUUUCGGACUGAUGGGUUUUCACUUUUUUAUCCGGGUCUAGAACAUGUUGGUGAACUUUCCUCUGGAAGACGGUCAAUUCGUACCGUAGACGCAGAGCUAUCUGCUAUGUUGUACACGAUAAUGCAGUAAACCAGGCAAUUUCCCAAGGUUAUACUUCAAUUCUCGUCGUGAGUAGAUAAAGUGGUUGUGCAAGGGUAAUAUCACAUUCGAAACACGCU